AAUAAAUGUUUUGCACUUUUCAGCAGAGCAAGGGACACUUAUGUGGAUAGAAUUACAAUGAGACCUUUAAACAUCUAAGGAAAUCAUCUCUCCGACUCUUCUCCCUAAGAGUGUGUUUUCUACCAGCAUGAGUUCUGAGUGCACAAGCUACUACAGCGCAGAGAAUGUGUUUAUGAAUGGCUCUUCAUGUCCUAAAGAAGGGAGCGAUCCGAGCGCGACAUUCUGCUGCGGAUUUAACGAUAUCAAGUAUUGCUGUGAUGAUCCCAACAGCUUUUUCCCUUAUGAGUAUGGAUACAUGUGGUGGCUCAGCUUUGGGGCUCUGAUAGGUCUGUCCAUAGCAGCAGUGGUCCUCCUGGCCUUCCUCAUCACAGUCUGUGUCCUCUGCUACCUCUUCAUCGCCACUAAGCCCAGUCGUCUUGACAACGGCCUGCCACUACGACCACCAGGGUUGGACCCCCGAGAGGGCCCCAGCCACACCGGCCCAGCACCUUCCAUCGGCCCUCAGGGCUUCAGGAAGCACUUCUUCAGCAGGAAGCUGGACUGUGACAACCAGCCACCCGACCCUGAGAGAUUGUUCCAGAGGUGCUUCGUCACCACCGUCAACAUGGAGGGCCCAUCGUAGUGCUCUUAAUAUGUAGGGCACUUUGUAGGAUGCUUAGGAGGUAAUGGAGAGCCCUUCGUAGGACGCAUAAAGGCCCAGUGCAGUCAAAAACGUGAUUUAUUUGUGUUUGAUAUAUAUUUAGGUUGGGAUAAUACUGUGACAUUUUUUAAAUAAUGAUGAUGCCCUAUUAGUGUAAGAGCUUUUUUGUAAAAGACUGCCUGAAAUUUCAGCCUGUUUUGGUGGGAUGGAGUUUUGGCCUGACUGGUAACAUCACCAGGCAGUAAAUUGGUUAAUAGAUUAAUAGGCCAAUAAGAAAGAGAGUUCCAAAAACUCAGCCAAUAACAGCUAGUUUUCAGUUCUCCUCCUCCCAGACAGUCCUUUCAAAGUUCUUGCAUGAGAAAUUGCUCUUGUUAAGAAGCCAUUGUUUCGUUUUGACCAUUUUGAUUCAAAACAAUCACAUUAAGGUACUUAAUUUUUACCCAGAAAUGAUUUGAUAUUAAGAUAAAAAUGGAUGCAUUGGGCCUUUAAUAUGAAGGGCGCUUCGUAGGACGCUGUCUUCUAAAGGCAGCCAGAUGCUUACUUGUUCUGACUGGAAAUGAGUGUAUAGAAGACUGCGCCACACAGUGGGAAGACUGAACCCACUUUAGAAACAUUUCAGUUGAGCUUCUUUUUUUCCCUGUUGAUGAAAAUAAACUUCAAAAACAGAAAGACAGAAGUCACACUGGACAACUGUGGAGCCGAAGCAUUGUCUGUCUUGCCUCACCUCUGUAUUCCAAUGUUGUUUGAUGAAGCAAGAGAAGGGACAGAGGGAAAUCUUUUCAGUCAUUGUUUUGUGUUGAGAAAUCCAUUUGAACUGUGUCUGAUUUAACAGAAGCUCGUGUGUCUUCAAGACAAAACACUCUUGAGAUAACAAGCUCCUCAAACCAGCAUUACUGAACUUCAACGCCGACAGUUUGUGUGAUUCCUCACCUUCUAUCUGGACACUGUUAACGAUCGUCUACGUGUCUGUGUGUGAAAUGUUUAUUUGGUUGCCAAUGUUGCCAAUGGGACAACAAGUGUCUACAGCGUAUUUGCAUCCAAUAGAACUGAUAAGGAAGUAAAUCAGACAUAGUACAACACAUAACAAACAGAAAGCUUCAGAAAGCCUCAGAAAGCCUCGGAAAGCUUCAGAAAGCCUCAGAAAGCUUCAGAAAGCCUCAGAAAGCUUCAGAAAGCCUCAGAAAGCUUCAGAAAGCCUCAGAAAGCCUGGCGCGCACAGCGGUGUCGUUUUGCCCUUAUGUGGAUUCCAGCUUUAAAAAGGUCAUGUCUGCUUAAUAUAAAAUACAUGAAAUUACUUGUUGAAACAUUGCAUGUUGAACUGUCAUCUGUAAACUGUCAUGUUGGAUUUUCUCACAACUCAGCUUUGAUUAUGGCAGAGAUUAUAGAACCGGUUCCCAUAUGUCCCCCCCCAUGUUCAGAAACACUUUAAUUCAUGUGGUCAAAGUCAUUGUGUCGCCAAUUUGCCAUAUACAAUGGCUGCUGCAUGCCAUGAGGCAUCAGCUGUGUGAGUCACUUCUUUGUUAGUCAUGCUUCAAAUAGAGAGAGUAACUUGUCAAAGAGGAAAGAUGUGGCAUCUUUAUGGUGUUAUCACAGCAGGCACCAAGUUUGAUGUUCUCAAUCUAUUAGUGUGUGGCUGAGUGCACAACACAUUAAAAUGUACUUACAAAAAUAAAUGCAUGUGGCCUUUCAAUAUUCAAAGUGCUUUAUAAAAACAAAAC